ACUGACCUUUAGUUGUAGUAGAACAGUCAAGCGAUGGAGGCAGUACAGCACGUUCUGGGUUUAGACUGGCUCGACACCAGGGCUAUUUUAAUUUUUAUUUUUGUUUUUCUGCUGCUGAGCGACGUUUUGAAGAACUGGAAACCAAAAAACUUUCCUCCUGGACCGCUGGCUCUUCCAUUUAUUGGAGAUCUUCACCGCAUCAAACCUGCAAGACUUCACCUGCAGUUCUCAGAGCUUGCAGAGAAGUAUGGAAACAUUUUCAGCCUUCACAUCUUUGGGGGCAGAGCUGUGAUCAUUAAUGGCUACAAACAUGUGAAAGAGGCGCUGGUCCAAAAGGGAGAAGACUUCAUGGAUCGCCCCUCCAUUCCACUGUUUUCUGAGUUUUUUGAGAAUAAAGGUCUUGUGAUGUCUAAUGGUAAUCCGUGGAAAGUACAGAGGAGGUUCGCUCUUCAUACGUUGAGAAACUUUGGUCUGGGAAAGAAGACAAUGGAGCGAUACAUCCAGCAGGAAUGCCAGUAUCUCACUGAGGCUAUCUCAGAACAGCAAGGUAAGGCGUUUAAUGGCCAGGCACUGAUCAACAACGCCGUGUCCAACAUCAUCUGCUGCUUGGUCUUUGGGAGUCGAUUUGAGUACAACGACAAGCAUUACCAGACUAUCCUUAAGUACUUCAACGAUAUAAUCCUCUUACAGGGAGGUUUGUCAGUUCAGAUUUUCAACUCAAUGCCCGGGUUGAUGAGGUGGAUCCCUGGACCACAUAAAAAAAUAUUCACGCUCUUACAGAAGCUGCUUGACUUUGUAGACAUUCGGAUCAAGGAACACAGAGAGAACCUCGACCCGUCAUCUCCAAGAGACUACAUCGACGCCUUCCUCAUAGAGAUGGGAGAGAAAGAGGACAAAGAUUCUGGUUUUGAUCUCGUCAACUUGAGUGCUUGCACUCUGGACCUGUUCGGUGCUGGAACUGAAACUACAACCACCACGUUGCACUGGGGGCUGUUGUACAUGAUCUACUACCCUAAGAUUCAAGAGCGGGUCCAGGCUGAGAUAGACGCCGUGAUCGGUCCAUCCAGGCAACCCGCGGUGACCGACAGAGAGAACAUGCCCUACACUGACGCCGUCAUCCACGAGAUACAGAGGAUGGGGAACAUCGUCCCACUGAAUCUCGCACGACUUGCAAACAAAGACACCACUUUGGAUAAAUACUUCAUCCCAAUGGGAACCAUGAUUUUGCCUACGCUUCACUCUGUCCUCCAUGAUGAGUCGGUGUGGGAGACGCCACACACCUUCAACCCUCAGCACUUCCUGGACCAGGACGGUAAAUUUAGGAAGAGAGACGCCUUCAUGCCUUUUUCUACAGGUAAGCGUGUGUGUCUGGGGGAGCAGCUGGCCAGGAUGGAGUUAUUCCUCUUCUUCACCUCCCUCCUCCAGAGGUUUAAGUUCUCAGCUCCACCUGGAGAGCAGCCCAGCUUGGAGUUCAAACUGGGAGCGACUCGCACUCCCAAGCCUUACCGCCUCUGCGCUACACCUCGCUGAGCUGAGCUGAGCUGAGCACAGCCUCUCUUUUCUUGUAUUACAUUGGUCAAAGAAACAACUCUGUCAGCUGUCAAUCCUCUGAACAUUAAAAUUAAACAGUGCAGUGUCUCUUUGUUAUAUAAAAAAAACAGUGUUAUAUCUCUUUAUGUAAAAUCAGCUUAACAAUUUACAAUUUGUCCUGAAAAUUUGUUGAUUGAAAAACAUCACAGUUUCAUGGCUUUACAAAUAAAUGGUGUUGCAGUGUGUUGUAUUCACCUGAAUAUUUUUUAGAUUAAUCAGCAAUAAAAAGCCUCAAACAUG